CUCUUUCUCUCCUCCUUCUUUCUUCAACCAUCUCCCUUCUCUUUUACAUCUGAGUCUGUUUCUUUACUAACCCUUCUGUGAUCCCCAUUGAGUUCAUUCAUAUCUCAGUGAUGAAGUUUUUCAAUCAAAUCCUCUGUCUCUCCCUUUUCCUUUCCAUUUCCCUGUCCUUUGCUCAGACAUGUUCCAAAUACAAAUUCUCCAGCAACAAUGUCUUUGACUCCUGCAACGACCUCCCUUUUCUUGAUUCUUUCCUCCAUUACACUUACGAUUCUUCCACUGGGAGCCUCCACAUCGCUUAUCGCCACACCAAGCUCACCUCUGGCAAAUGGGUGGCUUGGGCUGUGAACCCUACGUCUACGGGCAUGGUGGGAGCUCAAGCCAUCGUGGCUUACCCACAAUCAGACGGCACCGUCAGGGUUUACACUUCCCCCAUCAAAAGCUACCAGACGAGUCUACAAGAGGGUGAUCUGAGCUUCAACGUCUCUGGUUUGUCUGCAACUUACCAGAACAAUGAGAUUGUUGUGUUGGCAAGUCUGAAGCUUUCACAGGAUCUGGGUAAUGGUGGUACCAUUAACACACUGUGGCAAGAUGGGUCAAUGUCUGGGAACAGUGCUCUGCCUCAUCCAACUUCUGGCAACAAUGUUCGCUCCAUGUCCACUCUCAAUCUGGUCUCUGGUGUUUCAGCAGCUGCGGGUGGAGCUGGAGGAAGUUCCAAGCUUCGCAAACGCAACAUUCAUGGAAUCUUGAACGCUGUGAGCUGGGGAAUAAUGAUGCCAAUAGGGGCAAUCAUUGCUCGAUACUUGAGAGUGGCCAAAUCAGCAGACCCUGCUUGGUUCUACAUUCACGUUUUCUGCCAGGCUUCUGCCUACAUCAUCGGCGUUGCCGGAUGGGCUACUGGUCUCAAACUUGGUGGCGACUCACCUGGGAUUCGGUAUAGCACCCACCGUUCUAUCGGGAUCGCGCUCUUCUCUCUAGCAACAAUUCAGGUGUUUGCUAUGUUUCUGAGGCCAAAACCAGAGCACAAGCACAGGCUCUACUGGAACAUUUACCACCACACUAUCGGCUACACGAUAAUCAUCCUAGGGGUGGUGAAUGUUUUCAAAGGGUUAGGCAUAUUGAGUCCCAAGAAGCAGUGGAAAGAUGCUUACAUCGGUAUCAUUGUUGCUCUUGCCAUUGUGGCCACCCUCCUUGAAGCCUUCACUUGGUACGUAGUCAUUAAGAGAAAGAAACUGGAGGCUAAACCGGCUCAGCAUGGAGCAUCCAACGGGGCUCGGUCUCAGUAUGCUUAAGACUAGCACUAGACUUGCUUAUUUUUCUAUGUGCAUAGAGAGAGUGAUUUAUAUGUUUUAUCCGCUUAUCUAUCCAUUUUCAGUAGGUUUAACGCCUGGUUCCCAUAUGCAUUUAUGAUUUUUUUGCAUUCAGGAUGUAGGAUUUAUAAUGGCAUUUCAUUUGAUCCAAACUAAA